AUGGUUGUUGCUCGUGGUGCAGUCUGUGAGGACACACCGAGCCCAAAGACCAAAGAUGCUUGCCAGACCACUCCGGUCAAGCCGACCGCUAAGGCCAAGGCAUCGGCCGCUAAGGCCAAGGCCAAGGGAAAAGCGAAAGCUGAGAAGAAGAAGAAACACGAGGAGGAGGGUGAUGGAGAGACAAAGGAGACAAAGGAGGUGGAAAAGAAAAGCAAGAAACAUGAGAAGAAGGGCGAUGGAGAGACAAAGGAGACAAAGGAGGUGGAAAAGAAAAGCAAGAAACAUGAGAAGAAGGGCGAUGGAGAGACAAAGGAGACAAAGGAGGUGGAAAAGAAAAACAAGAAACAGCCAAAGGGCAAGGCUAAGGUGAAGCCAUCCCCUCAGCUGAAGCAGAAGGGAAAGAAGAAGGACAAAAAGGCCAAGUCGGAUUGGGAGAAAGAGAUGCUGGCUGCAGAAGAGCCUGAGCCUGUCAAGGAAGAAAGCACUGCCGAGGCUUCUUCAGCUCCAAAGCGGAGGAAGAAGACCAAGUCUGAAGUCAAGGAGACCAAGUCUGAAGUCAAGGAGUGUGAUGACUCACAACUCUCUUUGGCGACGCUCUUGAAGGGACAAGAGCAGAUGAUUGCACAGUCCAUCUGGAACAAUGCCAAAGACAUGAUCGAGUCACAAGAGAGCCAGUCGAAGUCUGAGCUGAUGUCUGCACUUGGCGGCAGUGCAAGUGAAGUUUUCACAGAGAAGCUGGCGGAGGAGUUCCUCAAGUUCCUGAAGAUCAAGGCCAACCCCGAUGAGGUUGAACAUGAUCUCGAGAAACCUGGGGACACGGUGAUGGAUUCCAGCGGUGGCCUUUCUACAGAAGCUCUGCGAGCUCUAGAGGAGCAAGAGACCGUUCCAGGUGACAUAACCGAGGUUGCAGCAGCACCCGCUGAGCCAACAGCACCAGCGACCAAAGCACCGGAGGUGGUGCCACCAGUCGCCCCCGAAGCAUUGGCUCUUCCCAGCGUGCCCGCAGCAGCACCAGAGACCAAAGCACCGGAGGUGGCGCCACUGGCACCAGUCGCCCCGGAAGCACUGGCUCUUCCCAGCACGGCACCCGCAGCAGCACCAGAGACCAAAGCGCCGGAGGUGGCGCCACUGGCUCUUCCCAGCACAGCACCCGCAGCUCCCAGCACGGCGCCCGCAGCAGCGGUCCCAAACCUGCUACGAACUCCCCCGCACAUACGUUUGGGCUCUACGGUGGCACAUGUGUCCUUGGGGCAGCAGCGUCAGAUGCUGACAGCAGAGGACCUCAAAGGGAUGGAUGAAGCGAACAUUCUGCAGAAGUAUGAUGAGGGCCUCAUUCCAGAUGAUGUGAUCACCAGCAGCAAUUGCCGGCUCUACAUGAGGAUGCGACGCUACAUGGAGGACCACGCCACAGAAGUGUCUUGCCCAAACAUGUUGGCCAUGUUCAAUGGGACCUUGAAAGAGCGACGCUCUUUACUGCGGCAGUGGCUUUCUUCAGGCGAGAAUGCUGAGCGGUGUGAAGUUCAGCUGAAGGUCUCCAGAUCGGUUGAUGAUGAGAUGGACACAGAGGAGCAGCUCCUCACAAUCGAUGGAAUGAAGCGUGCAGGAAUGAGUGAGCCCAAAAUUGCUGCCAUCAUCAGCAGUCAAGCCCCAGUGCUGGACCGAGAUCAUCCACAUAUCAUGGAAGAAGCUCGCUACUGGUGCCACAUUCAGACCAAGCGAGUUUGCCGGCAAAGGAGCCGCCUUGAGCUCAAUGCAACUUCCCGUGUUCGAGCUGAUGGUGCUGCGAUUAAUGGCUUGCUGUCGGAGGCUCGUGGGCAAGCGCCCAAUGGUCAACCAAUGCAGCUCCAACAGGCCAUGGAGAUGCUUAAGGCACAGUCUGCGCCGAAUGGUGACAAUGCAGGUGGCCAGCCUUCAACGAAGGCAAAGCCACAACCCAAGAGGAAGACCAAGAACCCCCCCAUGCCUCUGAACCCCAAGUCCUGGAAGAACAUCAUUGCUGAUGGGUGCAAUGAUUUGAAGAAGGAGUAUCUCGCGGCGACCUGCGCAUUGGAGCUACCAAAAGGGAAUGACUUGAGGGUGAAGCUGACCACCCUUAAGGUUGAGAUUGGCCAGAUUUGGGAUGACACCAAAGUCAUUGAUGCCGAUUUGAUCGAUGAAACCACCUUUGAGAAACACAUGGCCAAGAUUGCUGAUGUCCUCACCCGCUCCAAGAUGCUUCGCGUGCAAGCACGAGCUGUCGCCCGGGAAAUGGCUUCUCGGAGGAUUGCAGGUGCCAUUGGUCAAGCCAUUCGACACCAUCUGGACCGUGAGAUUGCCCUUGGAUUUGGCCAAGGUGAUUUGACACAAGCCUUCGCUGAAAGGCGUGCUGCCAAACAUGGCCUCUCCAUAAAGUGUGAGAUCUCUUAUGUGGAGGUUCCUGUCAAAAAUGACGAGGAUGAGAUGGAGAUUGUGGGUUGGCCAGUCCUUUUGCCACGAGAUUUGAUGAUUGCCCUCAUCAACUCUGGUUAUCUUCACAUGCUGGCUGGUACAGUUGAGCAGCGGGAAGCUUUUUGGGAGCGAGCUUUGCUGGAUUACCCUCAGGAGACGAACAACAUAGAUCCCAAAUGUAAACUCAAUCAACUUUACACUCCAGACGAUUUGUGA